AUGCAGAAGCACAGCAGAGAGAUACGGUUACAGUUCAGCAGCGCCGAUCAUCAUCAACUCAACCCAUCACUACUUCUCGCCCAGACGCCGUCCCUUUCCUCAACCCCGGAAUACGUAAAUAUGCCCGACACAUCCACAUACUCCAACAACAACAACAACAACGACGACCCCCUCUUCCGAACCCACAAAUCCCGCCGUCUCCUAACAUCCCUCCGCUUCAAAACCUACUCUGACGCUAAACUCGCAGGUCUCUUCCUCGAGAACUACUUCCCCAUCACUUUAUUCAAAAAGGUGUUUGACGUGAUUGUGGAUCCGGAGUUUGAUUCGGAUGAUGUGACGUUUGAGGAUAUAUGGGAUAUGUUUGAGUAUGUGUCUGCGAGGAGACGGAAGGAUGGGAUGAAGAGAGAGGGGAACGUGAACGCCGCUGUAGCUCCGCUCGAGUAUGAUGUCAAUGACGAGGAGUCGAAGCAGGCUGCGAUUGUACCUGGGCGAAUUCCGCGAGAUAUAUUGGACUUGGUAGUCGAUCAGCUAGUAGACGACAGACUACCACUAGGUAUAGCAGCAAUGGACCCCCAAACAACCAACGCUCUCAUCUCCAAUAGCCCUGACCUGCGCAACAUGUCCCUCGUCCACCGUUCCUGGACCUCAUCCGCACAAAGAGGCCUCCGUCGCCGAGCAAUCAUACCAAUUCAACACAUCACCGACUUCCUCCUCAGUCCUCUCUGCGGCCCCUGGAUAACAGAAAUGAUCAUCUACUGGUCAUUCAACAACGGGGACGUUGGAGCUACGAAAGGCGAUAUCUGGGCUUUAGAAUCACUCCUCGAACGAACACCAAACGUCCGGUCUUUAGUAUUCAACACCUCACUCGUCUGGAAUGAUAAUGGGCUCCCUCCACCAUCUUGGCGUAUCGACAUGUGUCUCGAGAUCAUCACGGACUUACUACCCAACCUCGAGAACCUAUGGCUCAAACACCUCCGUCCACUAACAACAACAACAACAAACCCAAACGAACAACGGUUCGACACGUGUGGAGAGUUACGGAGUUUAUACCACUACCUCCCGAAACUAUCUUCCUUGAAAUACCUUUCGAUUCGUUGGUGGUCAAGUGAUGACUAUUCCGACCUGCAACUCAACUGGGACGAGCAUCCUCCACCCAGCCUAAAGACCAUCGACCUCUACCUCUCCGGAUCCGGAGACAUCCACAAAGACGACCUAACAUGGCUUCUCAAACCCCGCAACUCCUUCUCUCUCGACUCCCUCUCACUCUACUUAGAACGUAACUCCCUGGACGUCCCCUCCUUCUCAACUUCCUCAAGCUCGAGUUUGCAAGCGGCGAUGCGAGAUUGUCUUCCCGGACUCAAGAGGAAUCUUAAGUUGGUGAUUCAUCAAUCUCCGAUUCUGAAUUACAGAGUGACAGACCCUGCUGGGACGAACGGAUCUGUUCCUGGACAAUUCUAUUCUAGACUUUUGGAAUCGGCGAGUGACUUGGAGAAGUUGGAGUUAUUCUUCUUCCAAUCCAAUUUGCGUGACAUCCAUGGACUGUUCAACCUCCCGUCUUCCUUAGAAACACUUGCGAUACACCUCACCUCCGACGACCAUGACCAUCCACCCACUUCCACCUCCACCUCCACUUCUACUUCGCCUUCGUCAAAACCAGAUCUCCAAGCCUGGUUCUCCUCAAUAGGAAUCGAGAAGUUCAUCCUCGACCACCUCCCUUCCCUUCCCCACCUCCAAAAAAUCCUCAUCACCCGCUCCCCGUCUCUCGAUCAGAACACUUUGGUAGAUUGGGACUUGGACGCUUUAAUCCCUCACGACUACCAACCCUACCGCAUGGAUGAAAUCGCUAAUACUAUGGUUCAAAGAGGAUGUGAAGGAGGACAGGAUGUGAUUUCGGAAUCCCUCCGCACAACUCUCGAAGAACGCGACAUCGAAUUCGUAUUUUUUGAUAAUGCGUAUCCGAGAGGGUGGGAUAUUCCGCGUGGGGAACGACAUACUUAUUCAUAUUCAUAUUCUCAUUCGCAUUCUCAUGCUCAUGUGAUGACGGAUCGGACUUCGUCUUCGGGACCCUGA